AUGAACAGCACGGGGCCCCCGGCGGCCGCCCCCGAGUCCUGCCAGCAGCUGGCGGCCAGCGGGCACAGCCGCCUCAUCGUGCUGCACUACAACCACUCGGGCCGGCUGGCGGGGCGCGCCGGGCCGGACGAGGGCCUGGGCGUGCUGCGGGGCGUCUUCGUGGCCGCCAGCUGCCUGGUGGUGCUGGAGAACCUGCUGGUGCUGGUGGCCAUCGUGACCCGCAUGCGCUCGCGGCGCUGGGUGUACUACUGCCUGGUCAACAUCACGCUGAGCGACCUGCUCACCGGCGUGGCCUACCUGGCCAACGUGCUGCUGUCGGGCGCGCGCACCUUCCACCUGGCGCCCGCCCAGUGGUUCCUGCGCGAGGGCCUGCUCUUCAUGGCGCUGGCCGCCUCCACCUUCAGCCUGCUCUUCACCGCCGGCGAGCGCUUCGCCACCAUGGUGCGGCCGGUGGCCGAGAGCGGGGCGAGCAAGCGCGGCCGGGUGUACGGCUUCAUCGGGCUGUGCUGGCUGCUGGCGGCGCUGCUGGGGCUGCUGCCGCUGCUCGGCUGGAACUGCGUGUGCGCCUUCCCGCGCUGCUCCAGCCUGCUGCCGCUCUACUCCAAGGCCUACAUCCUCUUCUGCGUGGGGGUCUUCGCCUGCAUCCUGGCCGCCAUCAUGGCGCUCUACGGGGCCAUCUUCCGCGUGGUGCGCGCCAACGGCCAGAAGGCCCCGCGGCCCCCCGCCCGCCGCAAGGCCCGCCGGCUGCUCAAGACGGUGCUCAUGAUCCUGCUGGCCUUCGUCGUGUGCUGGGGCCCGCUCUUCGGCCUGCUGCUGGCCGACGUCUUCAGCUCCACGGACUGGGCGCAGGAGUACCUGCGCGGCAUGGACUGGAUCCUGGCGCUGGCCGUGCUCAACUCGGCCGUGAACCCCCUCAUCUACUCCUUCCGCAGCCGCGAGGUGUGCCAGGCCGUGCUGGGCUUCCUCUGCUGCGGGUGUCUCCGGCUGGGGCUGCGGGGGCCCCGGGACUGCCUGGCCCAGGUCACCGAGGCCCAGUCCUCCACCACGGACAGCUCGCUGAGGCCGAGGGACAGCUUUCGGGGCUCCCGGUCGCUCAGCUUUCGGAUGCGAGAGCCCCUGACCAGCAUCUCCAGCGUGCGGAGCGCCUGAGCCACUGUGGGGGCCCCGAUCCGGCUGUCCUGUCCCCCCUCGUCCCCCCCCCCGUGCAGGCCUCGGGGCGCUCCUUCGGGCCACGGGAGUUGGGAGCGCGCAGGGAGCGUGGGGGCUCUGAGGGAGAGGCAGGGACACGGCAGCGAGCUGGGCGUGUGUCCCAAGGCCCCAGGGGCCUCCUCACAGCGCCUGCGCCCGCCGGUGCCAAGCAGGUGUCCCGCGGUCUCCCUGGAGGCGGCGGUUGCUCACUGGAACGGGGACGGGCCUGGAGUGGGGGUGAGCAGGCUUGCUGUGUAGACCCCCAGCUCCUGCACGAUGCUGGGGACCCCCAGCUCCUUCCUGAAUUCUGGCGGGGGGGCCGCCAGGCUGCCAGGGGCGGGCGGCGGUGGGGGUUGACAC